UGAGAAUCUAAGCGUGUUUCAUACAACCUUGACUGUGUCAUUGUACUACAUUGCAUCUAAGUUACUAGGUAAAAUUCUAUCGAAGUCUUGUUUUUUAAAUACUUAGUUCUAACAGCGUUUAUUUAGUAAUUAUUUAGUUAGGUUAUUGGUCGUUUGCUCUUAAAAUAUAAUAAUAUUUUAAUUUGUGAGAAUGUCGAGUGAUGUUAAAUAUUUCGCGCCAUCUUUAUUUCUCAAUCAUGGCGGCGGACCUAACCCGGUUUUAGGUCAAAAAGACAAUCGAGAGAUCGCGGAAUUUUUGAAGAAUGUGCGAAAUAUCGUCGAUUUGAAAUGUUUGAAGGCCAUUAUAUUGGUAACUGCGCACCGGGAAGAGGAUAUUGUGACGAUAUCGGCUGGUGAGCGCCACGAUUUGUUAUUCGACUAUUACAAUUUUCCACCUGAAAGCUACAAAUUACAAUAUGGCGCUAAAGGCGAACCAGAAUUGGCGCGAAAAAUUCACGAAGCGUUCAAAAACGCGGGUAUCCCGUCGAGGUUAGACACCGAAAGAGGUUGGGAUCAUGGAGUAUUUAUUCCAAUGAUGUUAAUCAAUCCCUCUGCUGAUAUCCCAAUAGUUCAAAUAUCAAUUUUGAAAAAUCAGAACGCUAAACAACAUUUCGAGAUGGGAAAAGUUUUGUAUCAGUUUCGUAAAGACGGCGUUGCAAUUUUUGGGUCCGGAUUAUCUUAUCACAAUAUGAAGGAAUUUAGAAAAGCACCUAACGAAAAAUUGGGUAUUGUCAAUGUUGAAUUUGAUGAUUUUUUGAACGACGUCUGUACUGGUGAUGGAGAAAAGAGAAAGAAAAUUAUUCUUUGGGAGGAAAUGCCUGGUGCUUAUGACUCCCAUCCGAUGGGAGACGCCGACCAUCUAAUGCCUUUGAUUGUCGCAGCUGGCGCUGGAGGCUCGCAACCGAGGAGAAAUAUAUUUAAUUCUAUCUUCAAAGUUAAUUUUAAACUAAGUGGCUUUAUAUGGAAUAAUGACGUUUAGUUUCUUAGAGCAAAACUAAAUCAUAUACAAAAAAAUUGUUCUUCAUUAUUUUUAUUAAUGAUAACUUAUUUACAGUAAUAAAAUGUUCUGUGUCGUUAUUAAAUAACAAGUUUAUUGUAAAAAAAUAUGUGUUAUUUUGAAAUGGUACUAAAGCAUUAAAAAUGUAGUUAUUCUGUAUUUUCAUAUUAAGCUUAGAGAAACAGGUAUUAAAACAACGAAUUUUUAUAAGUGCUUAUUGAAAAAAAAAUACUUAUUGUGUUAUUUUAUCGAUCUAUUACAUGAUUCUGUUACUAUUAAAGUGUCUGUUUCUUUCUGCAAAAUCUUGCAUCUACAACUUCUUCCUUUCCCAUUACAAAUUAGGUUUGAGAACUUUA